CAUGCCAUACGACAUGUGAUGCGCGCACAUUUUGUGGGAGGUUAAAUAAUCCGGUUCAAGUCUUGUAUGCACACGAGUGAUGCAUUGAAAUUUUUUAAAAUAUUUUUUUGAUGUAGUUUGUCGUUUGUUUGAAUUUUACAAUGGCGAAAUAUCGCAAAAGAAUCAAUUCCAAAGGAAAACGAUGGGUCAAGGGUCAGAGCUCUAGCUCCAAUCCAACGAUUCAAAAGCAUCGUGACUCCGCUAAAUCCCGUUUUUUCUCGCAAAAUUUAGGUGACACUGGUUUGACGCAAGAAGCAGUUAGGGAGCAUGAUGUUCUUACAGGAAAUGCAAUUGCAGAACAAAUGGAAGAAGAUGUCUCUUCAGCAGGAGGUUCUGUGUCAACUGGUUCUACUUUCAAAACGUUUGCUAGUGAUUGGAGUGCUUGUUCCAACCCCUCUUUUAGUCGGUUCCUGAAAGUUUUUAGAGGAGAUAUGGAACUGCACAAGAAUAUGCUUGCCGUUCUUGCUGCUAUUGCUGAUGUCAUCAAAGCAGAAGGAGGGAGUGAAUCUUCAACGGAAUAUUUUGCAGCUCUAAUGACAACUCUUGAGGGUUUCAGACUUGACGAAGAUGAUGAAGAGCAGCUCAUUGCUGUUUUAGCUCUGCUCGGAAUGGGCAUCAAAACUGUUCCAGCUUCUGUUCUUCGGUUGAAAUUUAACUCUGCUUCGAAAGUAUUCAUAGAAAUUUUAUGCAAAUAUACUGAAACGGACCACAACAUAAUUCUACGAUCUUGUCUCACUUGUCUCUCUGUUCUACUGAGGUGCCAAGACCUAGCUGUUUGGAGCCUACCAUUGACCUUACAAACAUUUGAUUCGAUUUUGUCUUAUGUCACACAUUCAAAACCAAAAAUCCGUAAGGCUGCCCAUCAUGCUGUUAGUGUGGUCCUAAGGUGCUCAAAAGGUGAUCAUGUCAAAGAAAUCUUAAGUCAUCCUGCUGCUGUUGCAACGGCCAAAUUCUGUAUUCAACAGUUAGAGGCAACUGGCGCUCUUGGUGGCUCUUCCAGCACUCUGUAUAUUUUAUCCUUACUCAAAGGGAAUUUGCAUGAAUUCCCCAAAAACUACAUCAAGCAAAGUUGCGAAGCAAUUUUAAAAAUGAUGACUCUGGGCAGUUCAUUAAUAACCACGAACUGUCUUCAAGUUUUCUACAGUCUUUUCUCAGCAAGACCAAACCUUAAUGUCAUGCCUGCAUCACUCAAUGCCCAGCUAAUCAAUGCGCUUUACGAUUACCAGCCUUCCACUAGUGACUCUCAGACAACUCAGGCCUGGCUUCUCGUCUUACAAGAGGGUUUUAUCAACUUGUCCAAACUAGAUCUCUCAGUUUGCAUGUUGAAUCUUCCACGAAUUUUCACCAUCUGCUCAAACCUUUGGCUCACAAAUAACGAAGGCAUUUGUCAGUCGGCAACGCUUACAUUAAAAAGUGUAAUUGAUGAAUGCAUUGCCCUUGCAAUGUCAACCUUGGAAAAUGCUCAAAAAUUCAAUCUUAUCAUUGAAAAGGUUUUCACCAUUCUCCAAAAUGGGUUGAGACUCCAAUUUCAGAAUGUCUGGAAGUCAGUUCUUCGCCUUUUGAACCUUAUGUAUAAGGUUUGUGGGAAGCACUGCUCAUCAUUUUUGUUGCCAUACCUAAAAACUUUGGCAGAAUUAAGGGAUGCUGAUGAGUCCAAUUAUGCUCUUGAAAUAGAAAAUGUAAUUGGCAGUGCUGUGUUUUCUAUGGGGCCAGAACGAGUUCUGGAAGUAGUUCCUCUGCAAAUAACGCUGAAAGACAAGAAACAUGAGUUUAAACGAUCUUGGCUCCUACCUGUUCUAAAAGCUUGUAUCCAAGAAUCCACGCUCCAAUGUUUCCAUGACUAUUUUAUGCCCUUGGCAACUAUUUGCAGGAACCAUUCUCUAAAAAUGCGGGAGCUCAAGGAUGAAAUAGGGUAUGUGACAUAUGAUCACCUUCAAGUUCAGAUAUGGGCUCUCCUUCCCAGUUUUUGCAAAUCUCCAACUGAUGUUGCCGAUACUUUUCCAAAAUUAGCUAAAGUACUCGGAAUAACCUUAACCAACCAGAAGGAUUUACGACAUAGUAUAUUGCAAGCUUUGCGUAGAUUGAUCAUUUCAUGCGAGACAAAUGAAGUGAAUAAAGAGGUCAUAGCUAAAUUUGCUAAAAACUAUUUGCCAAUAUUAUUCAACAUUUAUACAACUAAACCAGAAGGCAGUGAUGAAGAAGGAAUUAGACAUGCUACAUUAUCAACCAUUGAGGUUUACCUAAAGUUGGCAAACAAACAACUAGUAUCAGAACUCUUUUCAAACAUGAUGUCAAAGGUCACCUCAGAGGAAGUGGCAAAAGACAGUUUUUUGAAGCUCUCUCUGCUGGAUUUAUUACGAGUCCUGGCACCCUGUCUUGAAUGUCCUAACAUUAACGAACUACUCCAAUUCACCGUCUCAAAAAUGUCCACUAUCAAAAGUAAUUCUGAGCAAAAGAAGCACUUCAGGAUAUUGGAGGAAAUUUGUGGUGCAGAAACUGUAGGGCCUGUUGAAUUCAAAAAACAAAACACCGCUGCUGUAAAAAAUAUUUUGGUUCAGUAUCUAACUAAAUCCACUGCAGAAUCCAGCCGAGGGGCAAGACUGAGAUGUUUCCUUCACCUGCUUCCAUAUGGUACAACUAAAGAAGAACUCGUGACAAUUAUUCCAGAAAUUGUAUCUUGUUGCAAGGACAAAAACACCCAUUGUCGAAAAUCUGCACAUACCCUGAUUACAGAGGUCUAUGCAAAAUUUGAUGAAAGAGUCAGAAAUGAAAACUCAGAACUGAACCAGGAAGAUACCAUGAAAAUGUUCAUCGAAAUUCUCUCAGCUGGCCUAGCUGGAUCAAAUGAGAUGGUCUCUGCAACUUUAGUAGCCUUCUCAUGCUUGGUUUUUAAAUUCAAAGAUAUAUUUACCCUGGAUCUGUUACAAAAGCCUCUGGAAAUUGUCAAUUUAUUGGUUGGUUCAAGUGUACCAAAAGUUGCAUCAACAGCCCUAGACUUUCUGAAAAUAUUCAUCUCAAUUGUCCAUAAGAAUCUAAUUGGUGCCUUUAUUAGUCAAAUUAUACGAAGUCUCUCAUCAAUAGACAGUGCAUUCAAAAGUAAGUUCAGGAGAAAAAUUCGAGACAUCUAUGAUCGCCUAUCUAGAAAGUUUUCUAUCAGCACAGUUAUUGAGCUUGUGCCAAAAGACGACCUCGAUACUCUAGCAAGACUGAAAAUGCUCCGCAAAAAAUCAGAGCGGAAAAAGCGUUUGAAACAGAAAGCCAUGGAGAAAAGACAAUCAGAAGGAGAGGAGAUUGAAGAAGAGGAUAUUGAAGCUGGCCAUUUCCUCAAAUCAAAACCCAAAAGUAUUGAAGAAAUCCUGGCAGAGUGUGAUUCGGAUGAUGAAAAGGACUUCAUUGAUGAUGAUACUAAAGACGGUGGAAAAGCUAAAAUGAAAAAGGAAAAAUCUAUAGUAAUUGAGGAAAGACAAGAUGAAAUUGUAGAUUUCACAGAUAUCUCGUCAAACAGAAAAAUUAUCGCCUCCAAGAGUGGAGUUAUUGGCAGAGAUUUCAGCAGCCUCAAGAAGAGGAAAUCAAAAGAUCUUGGCUUUAAAACAACUUCUGAUGGUAAAUUAAUUAUCAGAGAAGAUUCUGGCAGUGAUUCAGAAGAUGAGGAUCCCAAGAAUUCCCUGAAUAAAGGGGUCGAAAGCUUAAGAAUUGAACUCUCGGACGAAGAAGAAGAAGAAAAAGUUGAUGUAACCAAAAAUCUAGAUGCACUGUUGAAAGAUAGAGUAAUGAGGAAGCGUAAACUAAGUAUGUCUGAUAGUGGAGAUGCCCUGGAUCCAAAAAUGAAAUAUCAAGCUGGUGGUCUUGGGAUUCAUCGUCCUCUAUCAACCAAAGAUAGAAUAAUUCCUAGGAGCAAGUCGCAAAAACCUAAAACCCCAGGCAGUGAAUACAAAGCGCAAAAAGCUGGUGGUGACUUGCGCAAGAAAGGAAAGUUUGAACCAUACUCUUACGUUCCAUUGCAGAGGACUUGGCUGAACAAACGGAAAAAAUUCAAAGCUGCUGGACAAUUUAAAGAUCUAGUUAAAGUAAAGAAGAGCAAAAAGUGAUAGUUAGAAUUUACUUGAAUAAAUCUAAGAGAUUCUUUAUGUUAAGCAAUAUAAAAAUGUUACUGUACAUGAAAAAUGAAUAACUAAGCAUAAGCUGUCAGUCUCAAAUCUAAUUUGUCUCAUUGACGGUAGUAUGAUGAAAUAACUUGCUCCUUAACAACUAUUUAUGGAUUCAUCGAGUUUCCAAAAGAAAUUUUUUAUUAAAAAUGUAUGAGUAUUUGACAGUAAUGCACUAGCCCAACUUAAUCCUUUCUGCGGUAUCUUGAGUUGUACGAACAAAAAUCCUUUCGGUGAUAUUUUGAGUUUGUUACAAGUAUGAGUCGUUGUGAUUAACACUGUAACUCAAAAGAUUUGUCAGGUAUUCAAUGGCAGCGCAUAUCAUCGUUUAGAAUGGUUUCAACAGUAGCGGUAUCUGUAAGUAGUCCUAAGAAUGGUAGUUUCAUAAAUUAUGAUGAAUAGCUCUACUGGCUUGAAUGCAGCUGAUGCAAAUGUCAUUUGCUUACUUUCUGAUCAUACUGACUGGUAUGGCCUUAACGAACUAAAAUAACCUGUUACUCUCUCUCUCUUGGUGGCCAGUUUUAAGUAUGGUAUAUUCUUGAUAAAAAUCUAUCUUGGCAACCAAAGUGGUUUAGUAACAUAUAUAUCAGACCAUGGAAUUCCUUUCAUUCUUUGUCAAUUUUUUUUUUUUUGCUAUCAGUUAUGUUUCUCAAUCCUAUUCAACAGUACCAUAACUUAAUUGGUGGGGAAGCAAUUUGUCAUAAGUUGUUCCGGCGAAUAGUUGAGUAUGGAGGUGGCUGAGGUCUUGGAUUAGUUCCCUCAUGAGGCAUCCUGAAAAGGAAAGGCAAAUCAAUGAAAUUAUACAAAUGAAAGUGGCAAUCAUGCAUCUAUUUUAUUACCUAUUUACUCAAUACCUGAAGCCAUCAGCAUGGCAUACUACUCGCCCUCCUCAAAAAGAAUCCAAAUCAUACAACUUUCCGGGACACCCUCAAAAACUGAGUAGGUGUUCAUGUUCACGAAUGUAUGGAGGUUUCAACACAAGCAAGUGGCAUACAAUCAGAAAAAUCAGGUUCCGAAUGUUUCGAGUUCUGAUGUUUUCAGUUUCAUUGGAGUUUACGAGUAUUUGGUUGCAAAAAAUACUCCAUCACCUAUACUGUGGCACCACCCGCAUUCAACCUGGCACCGUGCUUUCAGGUUUGAUGCAUGCCACUUUUUUAUGUGGGUUGACAGUGAGGAAGAAGUAGUUAGUGGCAACAACUAACCGAAGCCCUAUCCUUUGUCCCAAACAUUAUAGAGUCCUAUUCUGCCAUGCUAAGCAAGAACGCUGUAAAUCCAUCAAGAUUUUCCUUCGCUUUUUGGAACUUAACGCUUUAUAAAAUAUGAAGUGUUUUACCCAUGCACCUCAAAUUUUCAGGAAGAGCUCUUGAUAGUAUUUGCGAAAGAAUUCUGUAAAAAUAUUGUCCCAAGGUAAACAAGUUUUUCCGCUAUGAUAAAUUGUUUCCAAAAAAUGUGAAACAGCGUUUUUGCGUUACAUGGCAGUAUUCCGUACUCGUUCGUAGAGUUUCCGUUUGCACAGCUGCCUAGAGAAGGUCGUGGGCAAUUGUCAAUAAAAGGCAGGCAACAUAUCAUCUGCUUACAAAACGUUUGCUCCUCGGAACUCUUAAUUGAAGCAAUGGAGAAUGAGGGUGUCCUCAUGCGAGGGGGCAGUAUAGUAGAUUGUUAAUUUAAGCAAAAUUGAGCCAUUCAUGAUCUGGAAAGCCACAAUGCCAUCCCAUCCGAACUAACACAAAAUUCUGAUUGGGAAAUAGUGGAGCCUGUAUAUAACGAAGUUCACGAUUUUCAGAAAAACUUCGUUAAAAUCAAACCCGGCGGAAAUAUGGAGAUGAAUUCGGGGAAACAUAAAAAAAGUUGCGUACCAAUUUACGAAAA